AUGGCCGACGAAUCAUUUGAUGUCUGUGAAUGCAUUUGGAACCACAAUGCUAUGCAGCGAUUACUAUCAUUGCUGAGGCAAUCGCAAGCAGCCUGUACUGAUAACGAGUGCUUCAACUUGACAAAUCUUCCCGGGCCAGAAGGCGGACAGCAGAACUCUGAUUUCCUGUUCAUCGGGAUCGCAUUUGUCGCGAUGACGCUGAUGUACUUGUUCAGACCUAAUUCGCUUCGUCAGAGCUACGCGGAUAAUGUCAAGCCAAGGAACUCAACUGGUCCAAAUGAUGAUCCACCAGCACCACCACCAAUAAAUUAA